AUAUGAAAGCAGAAACUGAUCCGUACCGCAGUGUUAAAUGUCAACUGCAGGAUGGCGCCAGAAUCGAAAAGCUUUGUUUACGUCCAAAAGGUUCUCGUAAUCACUUUUCUUUCUGCAGCUCGAUUGUGGUUUUCGAUGUACUUACUUUAACUGGUUCUGCGAGUUUAAGGUCAUUUUAUAAAACCGCAACGAGGGUGUGAUCACAAUCUAACAUAACACUGUUACACUGUGGUGUGAUGGAGAACAGAAGAGCAAGACUUUACGGAAAGACGUUUUCAACUAUAUCAGAAAAAAUAUUUCCUGGUUUGUCUACGUGUUCCGUCCAAACAUUAAACAGUCCGGAGGGAGUAGGAACAGAAGCACUUUCCAGCCUUCCUCUACAGAUGGCGUUGUACUUCAGUGUGAUCUUCUUCCCAGUUUGGCUUUCUUCUAUGACAGUUAUGUUUCAUUUCAAGUAUGGGUGCCUUACUGUUUUAUAUCGGUUCCUCGUUUCUACAGUUCUUCUGACAGCGGCGGUUAAUGAAUGUCUUAGACUGUACUUUGGGUACAUUGGUAACCUAUCAGACAAGGUACCUGAACUGGCUGGAUUCUGGUUGCUGUCGCUGGUUCCACAGCUCCCUCUCCAGCUGUUUUUGUUGCUUAAUCAGAACAUUAUGCUACAACCACUGGAGCAAAUAGUCCAGUCAUUUUCUGUACUUUUAUUAAUUAUUCAGUUACUGACUGGCUUUUUUGCACUACGCCACUCUUCAAAGAUCCAUGCUGAGCAGUCUCGUUUGCGUGUACUAUUUUCUACACAGCAGAAGGAUGAUUGAUAAGAUGACUUCUGUUGGUGGUUUUCUCUGCAUCAAGGUACUCACAGCACAUGCCUGGCAUAAAAGUUUAUGAAAACCUCAGUGCCUACCUGACACUGGAGAUUCAGUGUCCCAUGUGUAUAACACUCAGUCUGGCUGUGAUCAAAAGAGCUGAAAAUGACCAUCUUGCUUAUUCUGAGAUAUGCUGGCAGCAUACAUAUUUUAAUAUAGUGUCCAAUAACUCAAGUACUUUUCUAUUUUGAAGUUAAUGCCACAAUGGGAAUAAAACAUUUUGAGCAAAUUCAGUACCACCUCGUUUUGAAAGGCAGAACAAUAGAGCAGGUACAUAUCCUAUCACAUAUUUAUUCAUUGUGCUGUGUGUGUUUGUUGUUUUUGUUUUCUUUAACAUUUGUAGGUAAUCUGACAUUAAAAUAUUCUGAGACUGUACAAAAAGUAGCAAUAACACAUGAACUAAAUGCUAGCAAGAACAAUAAAAAGUGGAGUCCCUCACGGAUUCGUUCUUGGACCUAUCCUUCUUUCCCUUCUGUAAAUAAAUGACUUAGAUCUAAGCAUUGAAUCACAUAUGACCACCUUAAUGACUGAUUUGAAGAAAAUAAGCUAAUAAUAAAUACAUUCAAACAAUUUUUCUAAACAUCUCUUUAAAGCAAGCCUUCAACACCUCUGUAUCAAACUCCAGCAGCACACCCCCAACACAACAAAGUUUCUAGGCAAUGGCUUCACAAUGAUUUUAAAUGACAGACACACAUAACAAAAACAAAUCUAACACUGAUGAAAGUAUGCUACAGCCUAGGUUUGCUUCCACAUCAUUCGAUUUGUGCACUUUACCUAGUUACACAGCAUAGGAUUAUAUUCUGGGAUAGCCCAACUGGUAGCUAGUCAUCAUCUUGACCCAGAAAAGAGCUGUAAGAGCAACA